CAAUAGGCUACGGCUUAUCGGGGCAAAGAGUCAAAUCUGAGAACGCCUCGUUAAAAAUUCACUCUAAUAUUUUAUCUUACGAAUUAUAUUUCUCUUAUUUGUGGCGCCCAUCUCUGUCAUCACCUAGACUUAGACUGCCUAGGUGGCCAGCCCAUCUUACCGAUUCUACCCUUCUACCAACUACAGCGUACGACCAAGGCCGCGACCACCUGACCCGCGAUAAUUUAACCUUGCCUAUAGCUUCCAUAGUAACAUCUUGUGCGUACUGUAUACAUACUGUCUUACAUACAGUAUCAGCAUCGAUCUUCAUCUCAGCUGUCUCGGCCUCUGAACCCCGCAAGUCCGAGGAAAACCCACUUCACUCGUCCACCGACCUGUCUAAAGUACCUAGGGAUCCGGUUAUUAUUCCAGCCUCUCCCAAUUGAUCGAUUCGAUUUGUCCCACUCCGUCGGAACCCUAACUGCCUUUUCCUUUUCUUUUCGCCUCGUCGUCGUAUAAGACCUCGAAAUCCCGUCGUAAGCCGAGCAGCGGUCGGCGCGCGCCGGGUGUUUCGCCUUCUGUUGAUGCGUGUGCAGGAAGUCAUAGCUCGAGUCAGAGCUGGCGCUGGAUCUGGAGCGAGCCGACCAGAAGCAUAGUACCACUAAAUCAGACCAUGUCUCAAUAUGAGAAUCCCGCCGCACCCGAUGGCAAUAUGUCAUCGACCAUCCAGCAGUCUCGCCAAUCUCUCCCCGCAAAUACGACGAACUCCCAUUCCCUCUCUCAUUCGCAGCCUCAGCAGCAACAAUCCCAAUCUUCACAACACAAACGCGUAUACCAGGCUUGCAUCCCAUGUCGGAGGAGAAAGGUGCGAUGCGACUUGGGAAGCGUAGAUGACCCUCAUGAACCCCCUUGUGUGCGCUGUCGUCGCGAGAGCAAAGAGUGUUUUUUUAGUGCCACGCGACGUAAGCGUAAGAACGAUGAUGAUAUCGACGAACCAGAGGACGAUUACACCUUACGUAACGCACGAAAGCGGCCUCACUCCGAAGACACACCUCCAUUUGUUGAGAAGAAACCCUACAGCAGCGUGCCGCUGACUCCAGGUGGUUCGACUGGAAGGACACAACCCUUACGACGGCCUAACGCCGAUCAUGAAGACGGAAGGAAGGGCAGUAGAGGGGCAAGCUACGCGGACGUUGGCGAAGAUUCGAAUGCCCAAUUAGAGAAUCUCGAAGCGCAGAGUGUCAUGAGAAAGGAGGUCUAUGGGCCCCAUGAUGCCCUGGACUUGCUGUACAAGGCUGCCACCGAUAGGUCCGUCAGUCCGUCUCGUCUGACUGGCAUGGUCCGAAGCGAACGAAUUACUGAUUAUACUACCAGUCCACAUGACUUAAACAGGCGUCAUGAAAGCAUCGCCUCUGUCGUCCAACCAUCGCCCGUGUCUGUUCCUGGUCGUAAGACGCCGCGAGACCACAGCUCGAAUUUUAACGGUCGCCCAGCUGGUCGCGCGGCGUCUAAGUCGGUGGAUCUAAUCGACCCGCUGCUGCAGUCAUCGGCUAAGAAUGAUGAAGUGGCCGAUAUGGAGCGUCGAUUAAAUGUGGAAAGCGAAGCCGGAUAUCAUGAAGCGCUUGAAGCUUGGUCGAGAUUCAGAUUUGUUAGAGCUGGAUGGUUUACGAAAGAGGAAGCCGUAAAGUACAUAGUAUACUACUACGAGUAUCUAUCCCCUAUGACUCCCAUCUCACCUCCGACCUUUCGCGGCCCAUCCUCUCAUAUCACUUUACUGACUGAGGAACCAAUCUUGACUGUUACGCUAUUAACUAUCGCUUCGAGGUAUUAUCGCAUACGAACCACAGGCGGGCACUGCAGGUCCCACGCAAUCCACGAAGAGCUAUGGAGAUACCUUAGAAGGAUGAUUGAAAGGUGUCUAUGGGGACAGGAGGCCUUCGGUGGCGGUUUCUGCGGGUCCGGGGCCGACGAGUCGCAGACUUCUAGCACGGCGCCAUGGCGGGGACUGAGGAAAGGGAGUCUACGUACUCUUGGUACAAUAGAGUCGUUGAUGAUCUUAACCGAGUGGCAUCCCCGCGCCCUCCACUUCCCACCUGACGAGGCAAUCGACGAACUCAUGCUACCCUCUCGUGGUGUACCACACCCAGAUCUUGGUGACGACGACAGCACUCAGCGUCUCGGUGGGAACGUCGGAGGCCGAAGGAUUGAGAGCUGGCUUGAACCUGCGUGGAGAAGCGACCGCAUGUGUUGGAUGUUACUUAGCAAUGCAUUGGGACUCGCUUAUGAAUUAGGUGUUUUCGAUGAUAUCGAUGAGCUACUUGCGGCCAAUGCCAUCACACGACCAGAGUAUGAGGAUGAGGCGUAUCGUCUCCGUGCGACACGGAUCAAGCGUCUGUUGUUGGUUUACCUGACACAGCUGGCGGGCCGUCUUGGGUGGACUAAUAUGGUCCCAGAGAGCAUCCGGAAAACCGACCCAGCACUCACUGGAAGACGUCCGAUCUCUAACGAGGGGAAUACGCCAGGAACUAGCCAAUCUGUCAUCUCUACUGCUUUUAGCUAUGUGCCUAACGUCGAGCUGGACGACCAGAUCAUACACUGCUGGGUAGGAGUAAGCGAUGCGAUGCAACUGGGCAACGAGAGGCUCUUUCGAUCCCGUAAACAUACUACGGAACUCAUACAAAGUGGAAAUUACACCAGAGCGCUCAAGGAAUUCCAGCCGAUCUUGAAGAACUGGUGGAGAGAGUUCCAGCGCUUCGACAUGCCCGAGAACAUCCGUCAUAUAUUGGCCAUCGAAUAUGAGUAUGUUCGCAUAUACGUCAACUCCUUGGCUUUGCAGGCAGUCGUUGAACGCUGCACAGUCAACGCCGGAGCGUCCACCAAUGCUGCGCACGGGAAUAGUGUAGCUGUUGGAAACCCACAAUUAUCACCCCAAACGCAGAAUUAUCUUGGCAACUUGCCUCUCGGCCAUCUGGGUGGCUUCGGUCAUGAAGAUCAGGAAUAUGUCAAGGAAGUGGUAGAGGGAUGUAGAAACCUUCUACGGACAGUUGUCGAGGGUCUAUUAAAGGAAGGUUACCUCAAACACGCCCCUGUGCGAACCUACUUCCGCAUCAUCAGUGGAGCCAUGUUCUUGCUCAAGACAUUCGCACUAGGUGCUCCAAAAUCGGACGUAGAAGUGAGUAUCGGUCUUUUGGAUCGCACCGUAGACGCGUUACGAAACUGCGUCGUCGACGAUAUCCACCUGGGUACUAGAUUCGGUGAUUUGCUUGAGUCUCUGACAACCCGCCUCCGAGACCGUUUCAAGUACGCACCAGCAACGUCUAACGAAAGUAAAAGUCCUCAUACGAACGGCGAGAGCAAGAUCAUGAUCACGAAUGGGCAUGGUCAUAUUCAAGCCAAUGGCAUCGAGAAUGGAUAUCUAAGCCAUACUAAGUUUAGAGACGAGCUUAGUGUUCCUAAACGUUCCUCCACACCAUCCGGAAAUGUAUCGGCGACGCCUUUCGACCUAACUACGGGUAAUUUCCCUUACCCGGCUGGGUCCGCUUCGGUAUUUGGACCUACCACGCCAGCUCUUAGUGGCAACGUUGUAGACACGUCUAACAUGAACGAAAACAUCUUCGAAGCGGGCGGCGACUGGACGGCAGAUGAUCAGAUGUGGUACCUCCCGCCUGGCCCAGGCUUGUUCCAGAAUAUGGGAGAAAAUUCCAACGUGACAAUGACAGACCAGGGAGUCAAUGUAGGAGGUGUAGACUUGCUUGAAUUUAUGGCUAUGGACCACCCUGCAUUCAAUGGUCCGAUGGAUGGCUCAGGAUACUAG